AGCCCCGGUAGGAGGCGGCGGGCCGCGCUGCCGGCGGUGGUGGCGGUGGUGGCGCGGCGCCGCGGAAGCCCGGCGGAGGGGCUGCUCGGCUCUCGCACGCAGCGGCGGAGCGCGUCGCGUCGAGAGGAGUGAGCGGGGCGGAGGAGGAGGAGGAGGAAGGGGAGGGGGGAGCUUCUCGGCGAGGAUGCCCGGAGCGGCUGCAGGGACGGCGGCGACUGGAGCGGGCUCGGCGGGAGCGGCAGCAGCGGGGAUGCUCCCGGCUCAGGAGGCGGCCAAGAUCUACCACACCAACUACGUGCGGAACUCGCGGGCCAUCGGCGUGCUGUGGGCCAUCUUCACCAUCUGCUUUGCCAUCGUCAACGUGGUGUGCUUCAUCCAGCCCUACUGGAUCGGGGACGGCGUGGACACGCCGCAGGCGGGCUACUUCGGGCUCUUCCACUACUGCAUCGGCAACGGCUUCAGUCGGGAACUCACCUGCCGGGGCAGCUUCACGGACUUCUCCAGCCUGCCCUCGGGAGCCUUCAAAGCUGCCUCCUUCUUUAUCGGGCUCUCGAUGAUGCUCAUCAUCGCCUGCAUCGUCUGCUUCAUCCUCUUCUUCUUCUGCAACACGGCCACCGUCUACAAGAUCUGUGCCUGGAUGCAGCUGACCUCGGCUGCCUGUCUCGUCCUGGGUUGUAUGAUUUUUCCUGAUGGCUGGGAUUCAGAUGAGGUAAAACGGAUGUGUGGUGAAAAGACAGACAAGUACACGCUGGGGGCUUGUUCAGUCCGCUGGGCUUAUAUCCUGGCUAUUAUUGGAAUCUUGGAUGCCCUGAUCCUCUCAUUUCUGGCAUUUGUGCUUGGCAACAGACAAGACAGCUUGCUAGCAGAGGAGCUCAAGUUGGAAAACAAAGUCCUUCUAAGCCAAUCCUCACUAGAAUGAGCACAAAACAAAAUGAACAACAGCUUUUGUACAUCAACAUUAAAAUGGGAAGAAGCUUGGGAAAGGGCCUCGGAGAGAGAAGAACGCUGACGAGAGCAAAACCGCCUGAUUGGUAAACACUACCUUCUAACAUAGACCAGCCAGACGUGGAAGGGAUUUCUAGAAGAGAAAUGCAAUCAUGGAUUACACACCAGCUCAUUAGAAACUGUUGCUGAAUACAGCAUUCAGAAGACAUGCAUGAAAAGUCACAUUUGGGGAAUAAAUUAAAAGGGGUGUAGUUGUUGCUAGAUAAACAUAUGUAAAAUAUAUGCAUCCAGGAGGUUUGUAAAUGUCAUUUUUUUUAUUCAGACAGAAAGCAAAAAGCUUUAAACCUUUCACAGUAGAGAGGCAGUUAACUCCAGACUAUUCCUAUCCCAGUAGCCAAGAAGCUGAUAGGACAUCUCUUAAAUAAGCAUUUAUAAAUAGACUCUGAAUGUCUCCAUCAUCUAGUGGAAAAGCAUAACUUUAAAUGCUACAUUUCUGCACAUCAUUUACUUCAGUGUAUAAUAAGUUGACUAAAACUGUAAAGCUUCUCAAUUUUUACGGCAUAUGUGUUCCAAUUAAUCUAUGUCUGUAACAAAUUUAAGACUGAGAAAUUAUUUCUGACCUAUAAUCUAGUUCUAUGAAGCAUAUAUACUAUAAGAUAUGUCUGACUGAAUAUCAUCAUACUAUAAUUUCCCAAGCAACAUAGAAUUGUUUGCAUUUAAAGUGACAAAAUAAAAGCAUUUGAUUUCUGUUUUCAUAGGAAAAAGCGAUUUACCCCUUGAAUGUACCAAACAGCUGUAAGGGCAUUUCUGUUCUUUUCCCUGUUCUGCCACAUAACUACAGGGGGAGAUCUCUGGCCCCGCUAUUGCCAAUCAGGCUCGGUGAUCGAAUGUCCCUUCUGGCCUUAACUCCACACACCAAUGAAGAGACCACAAACAAAUGCCCAUAGCAGACAGCUCUGUGCCAUACGGGUGUGCAGAGCCCAGGGCUCCCAUCUGCAGGGGCUGCGCAGUGGGCACCCUCCUUCCAGAGCAGAAAACAGGAGGAGACACAGGGUACUGAGAAAUACCUGGGUCUGAGCACCAGGCAGAGAGCAUGUGGCAAAGCAUGAGUUAAAGCUGUUUUUUUAACAAUUAGCUGCACAACACAAAGUAUUCAAGAACUUAGUGCUUAAAUCUCAGAAAACUAGUCUCAUCUUUGAAAAAUCAUCUUCAAGCAAAUAAACUCGAGGAAUUAGGUAACUUUUAUCUGAUCACUAAGGUACCAGUGUGGCACUGCUGAUUUUAGAAACUGGACACUGAUGUGGGUGGAUGUCUGCAAAUAAAUUUAUAUAUGAAUCUGGGGAGCAUACAAAAAAUAUCUAAAUAAAUGUUGUUUUAAUCUAAAUCUGCUCCUGUGACUGUGUGUAGGAGACUCCCUGACCUCUACAGGACUGGUGUUAGAGCUGGUCAAAAACCCAGCCCAACUCAACUAACACGCCUAAAGGUAAUCCCAGCACCUGCUGCUGCGCUGAAGUGCAUGGAAAGGAAAAAACAGAUAAUUGGUACAUAAGGCUGCAUGAAGGCACUGAGGCCCCAGUUCAAAAAGGUUUUUUAAAUCCAUGGUUAGCCCAAUGUUAUGGUUU